AUGAUGGCCACCACCACCUCGAGACAUCGGUCGAGUCUCGACUUUGACAUCCACACUGACCACAGCCAUCUCUCGCAAAAGGCCAACUUACCACCCGGCAACAAGUUCGCCGUCCUGAGCGAUAUUCACAAUCUUAACUCGCUCAACAUUGAUUCUCUGGCCCGAGACCUGGGCAGCCUCCAUCUUGAAUACUCUUCGAAGGAAGGCAAUUGUCAGCAGGGACACAAGACCAAGGACCGGAGGGUUCGGUUGUCUGUUGACAACAACAUUGAAUACGAUCAUCCUUUUUUUGACAAGCACCGUGUGGUUUCUGCCACCACCAACGGCAGCGAGACGACUGUUGCCUCUGACGACUUCAAGCACAACAACCCCCUAGCCCAAGCCGAGCACCGGCUCCCCAGCAACUUGGAGCAGAUAAGAAAGCACCAGGAAGGUCAGUUCGAAUGGCUUCUUACGAUUCCGCUCCCGUUUCGCAGCAAGUCGCGCCGCCGGGUGGGAAACCGGUCUCUCGGUGAUUCCUAUGACGGAGAAGACCAAGAACCUGACCUGGGCAGCGGCAGCGGCGGGAAGAAUGUCUUGUUUGGGUGCAACCUUAUCCAUAACAGGACGCAGUCUGAUGGCGCUUCUGUCGACCAUGGUGGCUCGCUCACUAACAGGUAUACCCUUUUAGCUACUCGGGUGGAGAGUGAAGAGGAGAUGUCUGCUGUGGAGCAGUCUGUUGUUGUGGAGGAGGCGGAUAGCAGUGUUGUUGCGAAUGUUUCGCAGGAGGAGAACUCGACUGUUUUGAGGGGCGGGGAGGAGAAUCUGCAGCCGGAGGGGCUGGAGGAGAGGCCAAAGUCGGUGUUGAGUAUCAAGGUUGAUGAGUCGUUGAUAGGCAUGGAACGCUUGUCUCCUUUGCCGUCGCCGCAGCCUGCUAGGCCGCUUUCGAGGAUUGAGGACUCGGUUGAGGAACUUGAUAAGCUUGAGGAGGAACUUGAGGCCCUUAAUGAGGUAGCUCAGUUGGAAAGGGUGGUUUCCCCUGAGUUGGCCACCGAGCCGGUUCUUGAGUCUAUUCCUGAGGCCCCUGUUCAGCAGCAGCCCUCAACGUCGACAAAGCGGGCCUCGACUAUUAGAGCGUCGACUACUACUACUCCCACUACUCACACUACUACCCGCACACGCAGCACAGCUGAACGCAGCUCGUCGGUCCGGAAGUCGACGUCGGCAUCAUCGGCUAGGGAGGAUGACAAGCCUGCUUCUACCUCCAAGACCGCCGCCAACAUCUCUACAGUCCGCCGCUCUAUUGCCCGUCCUUCUAGUCUGCUGCCUCCCAAGGCCACGGUGAAAUCUAGCAGAGCACCCACCGUCCCGGCCUUUGAACUCCCUGGUGAGGCUGUCGCCCGUCGCCUCAAGGAACAGCGCGCCGCGAGGCUCUCUCAGCAGGUUUCUGCCGAAGAAGCUGCCGCUAUUGCCGCGCAAUUCUCGCCUAGCAAGCCGCAUGCCAAGUCUAGCAAGCCGUUGACACGUCCGACGUUUGAGUUGCCUGGGGAGGCGAUUUCACGGCGGAGGAGGGAGGAACGCGAGGCGCGGCUGAAGGCGCAAGAAGAGGAGGAGAAAAAGAGGAGGGAAUUCAAGGCUAGACCAAUUCGUGCGAGUGUAAUUGGCAGCAGUGGGGGAAGUUCAGUUCGGGAGACGGCUACUAGCCGGGCCAGGCAGGCUAGGAUGGAGGCUGGGGGACAGGCGACGACGCCGACGCAUACCUCGACUGCUACUGCGCCUACGUCAGCUUCUGCGGCGAGAAUGAGGCAUUCCAUUGCUGUUACUGGGGGUGGGUAUGCUUCUAGCACGGUGGCUGCUUCGACACGGUCAGCGGCGGCUGUGUCUCUGACGACCACGACGGCAACGACGACUAGAGGUCGGAUAUCUCUUGCUGCUCCUUCUGCUGGGGGAGCGGGUUCUUCUAGCAGGGGGACGUCGGCCACUUCUGCUGCUAGCAGUAGUGGGAAGAGGAGCAGUACUACUACUACUACUGUGAGCCAGGAGGAGGUGCAGCAGCAGAAGAUGAGGGGGAAGGAGAUUUUCAAGAGGGAUAAUUCUUUUACUUUGGAGAGGGAGAGGGAGAGGAAGGAGAGGGAGCAGGCGGCCAAGAUGGCGAGGGAGCAGGCUGCGGAACGGAGUAGGGCUCUGGGACGGGAGUGGAAGGAGAAGAUGGCUGUUAGGCAGAAGAGGGCUAGUUUGAUGAUUUCUGGGUCGGGGGGUGAGAGUGGUGGGCAGGGGUAUUAG